AUGACCAAAUCGUACAGCGACAGCGGACUGAUAGGCGACCCUCAGCCCCAAGGUCCUCCAAGCUGGACGGACGAGUGUCUCAGUUCUCAGGACGAGGAGCACGAGGCAGACAAGAAGGAGGACGACCUCGAAGCCAUGAACGCGGAGGAGGAUUCACUGAGGAACGGGGGAGAGGAGGAGGACGAAGACGAGGACCUGGAAGAGGAGGAGGAAGAAGAAGAGGAGGAAGAUGAUCAGAAGCCCAAGAGACGUGGCCCCAAAAAGAAGAAGAUGACCAAGGCACGCCUGGAGCGUUUUAAACUGAGGCGCAUGAAAGCCAACGCCCGGGAGCGGAACCGCAUGCACGGGCUGAACGCGGCGCUGGACAACCUGCGCAAGGUGGUGCCCUGCUACUCCAAGACGCAGAAGCUGUCCAAAAUCGAGACGCUGCGCUUGGCCAAGAACUACAUCUGGGCUCUGUCGGAGAUCCUGCGCUCAGGCAAAAGCCCCGACCUGGUCUCCUUCGUACAGACGCUCUGCAAGGGCUUAUCCCAGCCCACGACCAACCUCGUUGCGGGCUGCCUGCAGCUCAACCCUCGGACUUUUCUGCCUGAGCAGAACCAAGACAUGCCCCCACACCUGCCGACGGCCAGCGCUUCCUUCCCUGUGCACCCCUACUCCUACCAGUCGCCGGGCUUGCCCAGCCCGCCGUACGGUACCAUGGACAGCUCCCACGUCUUCCACGUCAAGCCGCCGCCGCACGCCUACAGCGCGGCGCUGGAGCCUUUCUUUGAAAGCCCCCUGACUGAUUGCACCAGUCCUUCCUUUGAUGGACCCCUCAGCCCGCCGCUCAGCAUCAAUGGCAACUUCUCUUUCAAACACGAACCGUCCGCCGAAUUUGAAAAAAAUUAUGCCUUUACCAUGCACUAUCCCGCAGCGACCCUGGCAGGGGCCCAAGGCCACGGAUCAAUCUUCUCGGGCACCACUGCUCCUCGCUGCGAGAUCCCCAUAGACAAUAUUAUGUCCUUCGAUAGCCAUUCACAUCAUGAGCGAGUCAUGAGUGCCCAGCUCAAUGCCAUCUUUCACGAUUAG